CCCCAGCCCCUCAGUGGGAGCUGAGUUGAGCUGAGCCGAGCUGAAGGCCCAGCCUUAGCUCCUCUGUCGCCACCGCCACUGCUGUGGAGCAGGAAGUGGUGGGUCCCAGAUGUGACUCACUCUCAUUUAGGUAGCCAGCCGGUGGAGGGAGCCUUCUCAUGUGUGAGACUGGACGCCUUCUGAGCCAGGACAGUGAGAGCCCGGCCACCUCCCUGCAGGCACAGAGCCUGGCCUGGCUGCCGUGACCCUCCCAGGGAGCCAGAGCUGAAGACCUGGCGUGUCUCAUCAACCUGUCCAAGACUCCCAGAAGAUACCACUGUGGCAGUGAGCAGCGGCUGGAGUAGCUGCCGUGGGGCUCAUGGAGCUGCAGGCCCUAGGUGCUUCUGUCUCAGACAGGCCAGAAGCCUAGGCCACAGAGGAGAGUGUCACCAGACAGGUGCACCCCUGGCCUUGGUGCUUCUGAGCCCGCAGCUGCACCAGGGCACCUGGGAAGAGGAUGCCAGCCAAAGGGCGCUACUUCCUUAAUGAGGGCGAUGAGGACCCCGACCAGGCAGCGCUCUAUGAGAAGUACCGCCUCACCAGCCAGCACGGACCACUGCUGCUCUUGCUCCUCCUGGUGGCCGCCUCCGCCUCCAUUGCCCUCAUCAUCAUGGCCUUCAGUCAUGGGGACCCCUCCAGAUACCAGGCUGUUUUGGGCACGGCAUUCUUCACGCUGGCGGUGUUCGUGGCUCUCUACGUGCUGGUAUACGUCGAGUGGCUGCUGUGGAGGCGGUGGCUGCAGGUUCCAGCUCUGCUCACCUGGGCCUGCCUCGUGAUGCUGGGCUCCGUGCUGGUGUGGGACUCCUGGAGAAAGGCGGCCUGUGCUUGGGAGCAGGUGCCCUUUUUCCUGUUCGUCGUCUUCGUGGUGUACGCCCUGCUGCCCCUCAGCAUGCGAGGGGCUGUCGCAGUGGGGGUGGUCUCCACCGUCUCCCACCUUCUGGUAUUCGGUGCUGUGACAGGAGCCUUCACGAAGCCCGAUAUGUUGGGGCUCCAGCUACUGGCCAAUGCUGUCAUCCUCCUUGGGGGGAACUUCACGGGUGCCUUCCACAAGCACCAGCUGCAGGAUGCCUCCCGGGACCUCUUCAUCUACACAGUCAAGUGCAUCCAGAUCCGGCGGAAGCUGCGCGUGGAGAAGCGUCAGCAGGAGAACCUGCUGCUCUCUGUGCUCCCGGCCCACAUUUCCAUGGGCAUGAAGCUGGCCAUCAUCGAGAGGCUCAAGGAGGGUGGGGACCGCCGCCCCAUGCCUGACAACAACUUUCACAGCCUCUAUGUCAAGCGGCACCAGAAUGUCAGCAUCCUAUAUGCAGACAUCGUGGGCUUCACGCGGCUGGCCAGUGACUGCUCCCCCAAGGAGCUGGUGGUGGUGCUGAAUGAGCUCUUUGGCAAGUUCGACCAGAUCGCCAAGGCCAACGAGUGCAUGAGGAUCAAGAUCCUGGGGGACUGCUACUAUUGCGUGUCAGGCCUGCCCGUGUCGCUGCCCACCCAUGCCCGCAACUGUGUGAAGAUGGGGCUGGACAUAUGCGAGGCCAUUAAGCAGGUGCGUGAGGCCACAGGCGUGGAUAUCAGCAUGCGCGUGGGCAUCCACUCGGGGAAUGUGCUGUGUGGGGUCAUUGGGCUGCGCAAGUGGCAGUAUGAUGUGUGGUCCCACGAUGUGUCCCUGGCCAACAGGAUGGAGGCGGCUGGAGUUCCUGGCCGGGUGCAUAUCACAGAGGCAACGCUGAACCAUCUGGACAAGGCGUACGAGGUGGAGGAUGGGCACGGACAGCAGCGAGACCCCUACCUGAAAGAAAUGAACAUCCGUACCUAUCUGGUGAUCGACCCCCGGAGCCAGCAGCAGCCCCCGCCCCACCACUACCUCCACAAGCCCAAGGGGGACGCAGCCCUGAAGAUGCGGGCCUCAGUGCGGGUGACCCGUUACCUCGAAUCCUGGGGGGCAGCGCGACCCUUUGCACACCUCAACCACCGCGAGAGUGUAAGCAGCAGUGAGACGCCUAUUCCCAAUGGAAGGAGGUCCAAGGCUAUUCCCUUGCGCCGAAACCGCACCCCUGACAGGAGUGCAUCUCCCAAGGGGCGUUUGGAGGACGACUACGAUGAUGAGAUGCUAUCGGCCAUCGAAGGGCUCAGCUCGACCAGGCCCUGCUGCUCCAAGUCUGAUGACUUCUACACCUUUGGUUCCAUCUUCCUGGAGAGGGGCUUUGAACGUGAGUACCGCCUGGCACCCAUCCCCCGCGCCCGCUACGACUUCGCCUGUGCCAGUCUUGUCUUCAUGUGCAUCCUGCUGGUCCACGUCCUAGUGAUGCCCAGGAUGGCAACUCUGGGCGUGUCCUUUGGGCUGGUGGCCUGCCUGCUGGGGCUGGUGCUAGGCCUGUGCUUUGCCACUGAGUUUGCGAGGUGCUGCCCCGCCCAGGGUACACUCAAGGCCAUCUCCCAGAGAGUGGAGACACAGCCCCUUCUGAGGCUGUCCCUGCUCGUGGUGACGGUUGGCAGCCUGCUCACCGUGGCUGUCGUCAACAUGCCAUUGAUAUUUGACCCACCCUUGGAGUCUCCUGGUGGCAAUGAGACAAGUUUGCUGGCUGCAAGGACCAGGGUCAGGACACUGUGUGAGCUCCUUCCAUACUAUACCUGUAGCUGCAUCCUGGCCUUCAUCGCCUGUUCUGUCUUCCUGCGGGUGAGCCUGGAGCUGAAGGUUGUGCUGCUGACAGUCGCGCUGGUGGCUUACCUGCUGCUCUUCAACCUCUCCCCUUGUUGGCAGUGGGACUGCUGUGCCCACGGCCUGGGCAACAUCACCAUCACCAAGAUCAAUAGCACCCUCAGCAGUGUCCUGGAAUGUUCACAGAAGGACCUGAGGAUAAUGAUCAACUUCUACCUGGCCUUGUUCUAUACCACCCUCAUCAUGCUGUCGAGACAGAUUGACUAUUACUGCCGCUUGGACUGUCUGUGGAAGAAGAAGUUCAAGAAGGAGCACGAAGAGUUUGAGACCAUGGAGAACGUGAACCGCCUCCUCCUGGAGAACGUGCUGCCAGCCCACGUGGCUGCCCACUUCAUUGGUGACAAGGUGGCCGAGGACUGGUACCAUCAGUCCUACGACUGCGUCUGUGUCAUGUUUGCGUCUGUCCCGGACUUCAAAGUGUUCUACACUGAGUGUGACGUCAACAAAGAAGGGCUGGAGUGCCUGCGCCUGCUGAACGAGAUCAUCGCAGACUUCGACGAGCUGCUACUCAAGCCCAAGUUCAGUGGCGUGGAAAAGAUCAAGACCAUUGGCAGCACCUACAUGGCAGCAGCAGGGCUCAGUGUCCCCUCGGGGCAUGAGAACCAGGACUUAGAGCGGCAGCAUGUGCACAUUGGUGUCUUGGUGGAGUUCAGCAUGGCCCUGAUGAGCAAGCUGGACGGCAUCAACAGGCAUUCCUUCAACUCCUUCCGCCUCCGAGUCGGGAUCAACCACGGGCCUGUGAUUGCUGGAGUGAUUGGGGCACGCAAGCCUCAGUAUGACAUCUGGGGAAACACAGUCAAUGUUGCCAGCCGCAUGGAGAGUACUGGAGAACUUGGGAAAAUCCAGGUUACAGAAGAGACGUGCACAAUUCUCCAGAGACUAGGAUAUUCUUGUGAGUGCCGAGGGCUGAUCAACGUCAAAGGCAAAGGCGAGCUGCGGACUUACUUUGUAUGCACAGACACGGCCAAGUUUCAAGGACUAGGGCUGAACUGAGUGUGUCUGGUGGUCAAUUUCCUUCCCAGUGAGCCAAGGAGAAUAGCGCUGUUUCAGUAACAGACGGCUGUGCGCGGCUUCAUUUGGACUUGCACUAGAGGAUGGCUCAGACACGUGCACCAGAUAACUGCUUGAAGCAGCCACAAAGCUGUGACAGAGGUGGCAGCCCACAUGUGUACGGUUCCAGGCUAGCUGCAAGAUCACUGUGACCUUGAGGACUUUGUACUGGGUGCUGUGGAGGUGGCCUUAGUGUACAACCAAGACAGACAUCCACCCGGUUGCCUUGUGACCAGCAUACAAGAGGACCAAACCUUUCCAGGCUACAAGAGAAUCAAUCAGGUUGUCUGGGAUGGAUCGGAGUCUUGGGAUGCUCAGUUUCUCAUGUAGCCAUUCUGGCUAGUGGAAUUGAAAAGGUUGUUCCCAUCAGUAAAUAGAGAAAAAUUUCUAAUUGACACCUGUUAUUUCUGGCCAUAUUGGCAGGUUUUAAUGGACAUGUUAUUAAUGGGCUUUUGUCCUAAGAUUUCUUAGACACUAGACAAAAACCUUUCCCCUCUAGUGUAUUGUAAAUAGGGCUGUCUAGUGUCAUCUGGGAGCCUGGUUGUUAGGAGCUGAGGAAUGUGGUACACAGCAAGAGGAAAGGAGCAGCAAGGCCUUGGCUUUGAAUCAGGCAGCUUUGAUGCAAGCCCCCUAGAACUAGGUUCAAGUGAACCCAAAGCCUAGAAAUAAGGUACAACCUUCCCCCACGAUGCAUGCCUUUUGUGGUUUUGUUUUGAGGACUGUGUCAGUCCAGGCUGGUCUCAAUACUCCUGCCUCAGUCUCUAGAGUGGUGAGAUCACAGGUGUGCAUUACAUGCCUGGCUUCUUAUCUUCCUCCUAGUGGGAAAGAGUUGAGUUUGCACUGAGGGCUUAGACAACGUUGGUAGUUCUGGUCCUUUCUUAAAUCUUCCCAACUGACUCUGCACAGCUUUCAAAGCAGAAAGAAGUACUGGGUAGUAGGAGUGUGUGUUGAGGAUCCUGGCCUGGGAAGCCAGCCCACAAAUGCUAAAUUGUUCUCAUCUAAAUGAGCCAAGGAGAAAACCAGCUUAGUGAGAUGGUGUCUGACUGCUUCAGCUGUGCAUGGAGCAAGCAGCCAAGCAUUGUAUGCAAUUGGGACCAGUACACAUGUAUUAUAAACCCUUGCUAUGCAAAGAAACUUACGGCAAAAUGCUGGUAACUGAAAGAAGCCUUACUCAUGUUGCCUUUUAAACACAUCUUAUCACAUAGGGCCAGUUUUAGGUGGGCACUGUAUUGAAACCUGUGCCCUCAACAGGUAGUAAUGGCCAGAGCUUCCCAGUAGGCCGUCUCCUGGAGAGUCAGGAAGGUUCCUACUGCUGACAUGACACAGCAGUAUAUGAGUCUGAAGGAGACACAUUUCUACUUUUCCAACAUCCAGGUUACUUUUUUUUCUUCAGCAACCAAAAUCCUAGCUGGACGUUUACUUUGUAAGUUCAUGUUCAGGCCAUAGAGUAUAACUGACUGUAAAAAUCACUUGGAGUUCUAUUUUUAUAAACCUGUUUUUGAAUUACCAAGCAAUUUCUUCACAGGUGUCAUUUUGUUUUACCACAGGAACAAGCAUUUACUUCCUAACAAGACGUUCUCUGUGGGUAAAGAAUUUGCUUUAAAUUUCCACUGUGGCUUUCAACAGAAAAUCAUACCAGAAGUUUUUUGGCUUAUGAAAGGAAAUUUCCUGACAAACAAUGGUUAUCCCAUGGUAUACUUCCAUGUAUGUUAACAGGCCAAUGACCUGUAUGUUUAAGAUGGUGCAUGUAAAUAAGUAGGGCUUGUUCUGUAUGUCGAGUAUUUAUAAGUCUGUAGCAUUAGAAUGUUUUGCAUCAUUUUCAUAAAUUAUCAAUGCUUUUUUUUUACAUUAAAGCAGUAAUUUAGAAAACCUGAA